CUAUCUAUUGUGAUAAAAAUCAAGCGGACUCACUCUUGUCCCCACGUCCCUUGCACCGAUCUACGCGGUGCAAAAUCGAUUUUCGCUUGUUUGUGGCAUUCAAAGCUCGGUUCUACGUGCACGUAUGUGCCUAUUCUACCCUAGAAUCCAACAGGUGCUGAAGAAUCGAAAAGGGGAAAAGCACGCGUACUCGUUGAAAGUAUGAGCUUUUGUGGGUGGCUGAAAAUAUUCAAACGGAAACGUACAGCCAUCGACAGUGAUGAUGGUGGUGUUGAAUCACGGGAACGGACUAGGACAUCGAAGGGUUCCUCGGAAGGAAUGACUGCCGUGCUGAAGAAUACACACGAUAACGGCGGGGGUGGUGGGAUGCCGAAGACCAAUGGAGGCAGCAGCAGUGGUGGUGACGAGAAGAACGUGACAGGGAGAAAUGCCGGAAAAGUGAAAAGUGUCGAUGAAAUUGAUUUGGAGAAUGAUUCCUGGGCGAUGGGCGAAGAAACGGAUAAGGUGAAGACGAACGAGAGUGAUGAAGGCAACCCGCGGAACAAGACAGCCCUCAAACCAGGCCAUUCAUUGAUGGACUGGAUCCGGUUGGGUAAUUCCGGAGCCGAUCUAGCCGGAACGGGAGGUCGAGUAAGACCGGUGCAGCACUCGGAACUGGCGAUACACAACAAACCGGGCGACAUGUGGAUGGCCAUUCGGGGGAAGGUCUACAACGUGACCAGCUAUCUGGACUUUCAUCCUGGGGGUGUUGAUGAACUGAUGCGCGGUGCCGGAAAAGACGCCACCAACCUGUUUGACGAAGUACAUGCUUGGGUUAACUAUGAAUCCCUCCUUGCCAAGUGCUACAUCGGUCCUCUGCGAAGCACCGGCAUACUAAAACUAGUGCCAGAAGAACCAGAAAACUCCUCGAAAUCCCCAAGCAAUCAAAUGCCUCCACCUUCACCAUCACUAUCCUUCCUAAAGCCACCCUCUCCUAGCAAGCCUUCGGUAAUUGUUACUCCCACGACACCCGCAGCCCCAGCAAAGGUUUUCUCGGAAAAUCGAGAUUUAAGUAGUUCCAACGAAAAUUCCCCCGCAAAAGCUCCCCCCGUUGUGCCUCGCUUCGAUUGGCUUCAAAAAACGGCUGAAGUCACGUUCAUUUUUUACACCAAAGCGCUCUGUAACCCGGCUGUUGUUGUAGAGUUCGCCAAUAACCUUGAGUUCAGCGUUCGAAUCUUCCUCGAAGGAAACGUCCUCCAUCGGUACCAGUUCCAAGUGGCAAACAAUCUCCAGUGGCCUUGUACAGUUCGACAAUCGUUGGAAGCCGGUAAGGUAGAACUUGUUUUCAACAAGCUCCUCCCAGGUCUGUGGACCAACUACGGACAAAUGGAGUACAAGCGGACGGAAAACUACCCCAUGGAGCUGCACGAGUACGACGUGGCAACCCGAAUCGAAAUCACGCACGACUCCUGUGCAUUGCUUCUCCGGCCAAAAAACAAUUCCAUCCUACAAAGUAUUCCUAUCGGUUACCACAUCUCCGUAACGGGUACCGUCGCAAGCGGGCAGGUCCUGACGCGUAGCUUUACUCCCGUACCCUCGAUUGCCAUCCCGACGAACUGUCCGCCGACGUUUGUUCCUCUGCUGGUUAAAACCUACCUGCUGGGGGGCCUCUCCGAGCACCUGACGAGGCCGGUUCCGCUGGCCACUUCGCUACAGAUCUCGCAACCGAGUGGGAACUUCCCACUCGCCAAGCUCAAACAUCACAACCGAAUUGCCUUACUAGCCGCCGGCAGUGGGAUCACGCCGAUGCUAGCCUUACUAUGCUACCUGCUGGAGCGGAGUAGUAAUAAAAUGGAAUCCAUAAGCCUUUUGUACUUCAACAAAACCGAAGGGGACAUCUGGUGCCGAGAGAUGCUGGAUAAUUUAUGCGCCAGGGACAAAAGACUUACCGUUAAGCACUGCCUUUCGGACGUUGAUACUCAAACCACAUUGCAACCAUCAACGUUAGCGUCAGCACCAGUUUCGUCCUUGGCGGUAGCUACUACCGCCACCGAACCAGAUGACAGUAGUCGUCCUUCGUCUUCCACCAGCAUCAUUGGAGCCAGUGCGGAUACCAGUGGCGGCGACGGGCACUCGAAAGCAACCGCCACGUUGGAGCGUGGUCGCAUAUCGUUGGCCAUCGCUCAGCAGCUUACCAACGUGGAUUCCCCGCUGGCGGCAACAUUCGUCUGCCUCUGCGGGCCGAAACCGUUCAACGAGCUGGCAUGCCAAUACCUGGAACAGGCCGGCCACAACAUGAUGCAUGUGCACAGCUUUCAAGGUUGAAAAUAUGGUGGUUGAACGCGGUAAGUACUUUAGAGGUUUAGUUAAACUUUAUGGAACACGUUUCACGAUGGCUGUAGCUGAAGUGGCAGAGGCAGUAAGGGUAACAGUUGUCACUGUAUCGAGAUAAAUCCAACAAAUCCUUUUAUUUAUUUAUUCUCAUCAAUGUGUAAAGUAGGUAAAUAUCGACCGACAUGAAAAAGAGCCAUCCUUGUUAUAGACAAACAAAGGUAUUCGGUCAGGACUAUGUUUAUAAUACAAUGAAUGGACAAUUGUAAAGGGUUUUCGGUCUCAAUUUUAGGUUCGGUUUAAUUAAUAAUAUACAUUUUUAAAUUCCAAAAUAUUUCAUCACAAGUGUUGAUCGUUUCGACUUUGUUUUAUGUUUUGAGGGAAAAUGUAGAUCUUCAUAUUCAAUCAACUAUCAACUAUAAAAUGAACAAAGCAAGAGUCUUUUAGUAAUUCGUAAUGGUUCUUAAAACUUGAUUUCAAAAGUGUAGAUUCACUUUCCCUUCUCUUGUACUAUAAGGGCCAUGGCAGGAGGGGGUGUCCACUCCACACGGUAGAUAGCAACCAAACCAGUACUACAAAGAGAAUGAACUCCUUUGGAGCUCUAUUUUCCAAUUAGUGCUCGCGAUACAGUAUCGACCCGAUUUUGUUAGUCCCCGAUUUUGGCUACCCCAGCUUUUAUCACAAUUUCAACCCGAUUUUGCCAUCCCAAAAAAGUUUGAAAAUUUUAGUCGUUCUUUUUACUUUUGUAAAUAAAACCGCAAACAACAAUGAUUUUCAUAAAAUAACAAACAUUCACCGCCUGUGGUUAUUUAUUAAUCCUUUCGAGUACCUGUCACGAAUUUUGUAAGCCUUUUCGACAAGAAAUUAGUAUUAGUAUUAGAGUUUAGUCCUUUUCAUUGUAUCUGUAAAGGUAACAAAACGUAGUGGAAUGAAAUGGAAAGUACUAAACUCGUUUUAGACGAUUGAAUAAAUUCCACUAAAAGUGCUUAAACCUUAAAGGCGCAAGGCGAUUUUUUUUAGAAAUCGUCGAAAAUAUUUUUAACAUAAACAAUCAUUUAAAUCAUUAACAUUGAACAUAUUUUCGGUUUGUUGUUUUAAAACAACAUUGCGCAUUGGAGGGUUAAAUAAUUUUUCCAUGAAAUUAUAGAUUCCGUUCACGUAUUGUGCCUUCCUAAGGCAUAAACUGAUUCAUAUUUGUGAAACAAAUAUUUUUUUUUAUUUUGUUACGUUUUCUAUUUUAUCACCCCAAAUUUCACCAGGGGGUGAUAGAAUCGGGAUAAUACUGUAAUAUACGAUAAUGAGCAGCAAAAACCUAUAAACAAUUCGCAUCGUCCAUUCGUUAAAUAAUGCGACACUAUCCUGACUAGCCUUUAAACAGAUAAUGGGGGCAGAAAUACAACUUUGAGCAAGUAGAAAACGGCACAAACGUAGUAAGAAACAUAGUCAGCACUAAGAGCGAUAAGAUGCACAAAAGAAAGGAUAUACCAAUCUAUUGAUAGGAGAAAAAAAUGAUAAAAACAUCGUCAUGUUUACCUACCAUUCAUGUUACUUCACACUUACAUAAUCGCUCUAGUCUUGUUUUGUAUAUCAA